AUGAUAUCAGAGCGGAUAGAAGAUAUGCAUACAGAUCCGUCACUUCCAACAUGGUUUCAAGAAUUACGACAUGUAGAGAAGAUUAUUGGCAUUAAAGAAGAAAUUGUUGACAGAGAUUUAUGGAAGAAGUUCUCUAAAGAACGUAUGAAAACAGUGUCCGUAGCUCUUGUAUUAUGUCUUAAUAUUGGUGUCGAUCCACCAGAUAUCCAGAAACCGAAUCCAUGCGCUAAAAAAGAAUGUUGGAUCGACCCUGCUGGAAUGGAUCCUCAUAAAGCGGUUGUUAAAAUAGCCAAUGCUUUGCAAAAAAGUUACGAGCGUUGGCAACCGCGUGCAAGAUAUAAGACAGCUACUGAUCCAACCGUUGAUGAUAUUAGGCGUCUAUGUCAGAGUUUAAGACGUAAUGCCAAAGAUGAAAGAAUUUUGUUUCAUUACAAUGGACAUGGUGUUCCACGUCCAACUGAAAAUGGAGAAAUAUGGGUUUUCAAUAAAAACUUUACCCAGUACAUUCCGCUUUCAAUCUAUGACCUGCAGACAUGGAUGGGUCAUCCAGGCGUGUAUGUUUGGGAUUGUCAUUGUGCUGGCUUAGCUGGUAAUAUUUUGAAUCAGUUUUUAAAAUCUUUCCAUCGAUUUGCUGAGGAUCAUGAAAAAGAAUGGGUAAAGCAACUAGAUGAACAUAAGGAAACGCGCCCACCUCCUUUACCUAUAAUACAAACUGAAAUGAGUCUUGAAGAACAAGCAUGUGCUUUUGGAUUUCGGAAGAAACCAAAUUUUAAAUUAGCAACUUUAUUACUUGUUUUCAAUUUCGAGGAAUGCAUUCAUAUCGGAGCUUGCGGAGACAAUGAAUUGCUUCCAAUGGAUUCAAGAUUACCUGCUGACCUUUUUACUUCCUGUAUUUUAACACCGAUCCAGACUUCAGUGUUGUGGUACAUCAUGAAAAACCACUUAGAAGACAGAUUUCCUGUGACCAUAAUUGACAAAAUUCCUGGUCAACUUACUGAUCGUCGAACAAUGCUUGGUGAACUUAAUUGGAUUUUCACAGCGAUUACCGAUACCAUAGCAUGGAUUUCACUUCCCAAAGAAUUAUUCCAAAAACUUUUCCGACUUGUUCGUUUAAGAAUUUUUUUUGCAGUUGCUUUUUAUGAAGAUUUACUGCUUGCGUCGGUUUUUCGAAGUUUUGUAUUAGCGGGUCGAAUAAUGCAUGACAAUCAUUGCCAUGUAGUUUCUCUUCCAGCUUUACCAUCUCUUCACGGUCAUCCUUUGUGGGAAGCUUGGGAUUACACUAUUGACUUGUGUCUGAGUCAAAUACACGGUUUUACAAUUCCCAAGCAAAAUCUUUGGUGUGUUGCGAAAGAAAUAUAUUUCUCACGUUCAUCUGUCCGUCAUGAACUGCUAGUCGAUGUGAGUUCUUACUUUGCGCCAAUUGAUGAAGCAGAUUACACUCACAAUUGGUUUUUCGUCGAGCAGUUAUUAGCAUUUGAAGUUUGGCUUAAAUACGGAGGUGAAAGACGAACUCCUCCACAACAGCUUCCUGUUAUUUUACAAGUGCUGUUGAGCCAGGUACAUCGAGUGAAAGCUCUGGAGCUUUUGGCCCGGUUUCUAGAUUUGGGUUCAUGGGCUGUCGGCCAUGCUCUAUCUGUUGGUGUGUUUCCAUAUGUGCUGAAGUUGCUUCAAAGUGCAACAAAAGAAUUGCGGCCCUGGCUAGCUUUUAUUUGGGCUAAAAUUCUUGCUGUGGAAACAAACUGUCAGGUAGAUCUUACCAAGGAUAAAGAAAAAGGAUAUACUUAUUUUUUAACGAUUCUUAAUGAUCCCAAUACUGAUCCGAGGCAAAAAGUUGUUCCGGCAUUUGUAAUGGCUGCUUUAAUAGAGAACAAUUACAGACCUGCGCAAGAACUGCUUACUGAAAACAGUUAUGUGACUCUUUGCGUUGAACUUUUAUCCGAUGCAACACCACGAAAUUGCAGACUUUUACGUUUGUGGCUACUAAUUGGUCUUGGGCGACUCUGGGCCGACUAUGAUGACGCUCGAUGGCAGGCAAUUAGAUUAGCUGCUUAUGAAAGAGUUCUUGAGUUUCUUGAUGAUUCAGUUCCUGAGGUGCGUACUGCUGCAGUGUAUGCAAUCGGGUGUCUUAUAAGAAAUAGAUCAGAAAAUAUUGAGCACGCAACUAUUAUUGAUCAUGAAGUCUGCGACAAACUUUCAACAAAGUGUACAUUUGAUGGUUCUGUACUUGUUCGUGCUGAACUGGUUGUUGCAAUGCAGUGGUUCAUCAUUGAUUUUGAAAAUCGCUUUGCAAAUCUUUCAAUGGAUCUCAACGAAAAAAUCGAACAGAACAAAUGUAGAGAAAGGAAAUUUUCGGCGGGAGAACAAGAAAUGAAGCAUUUGCGCUCUAUCGAUGAAGAAAAUGAUGCCUUUUUAUCUCGUGGCUAUGAUCGAAGCCUUCCAAGAUCUGCUUCUCGAAGGCGAUAUCAUUUUUUGGACACUUCAUCAGAUUCGCCGCGAAGAUCCAGUUCAAUGAACUUUGUGUCUGGAAUGGUGGCAGAUAAAGUUCAUGUACCAUGGAGAUCAACUUUUGAUGAGAGUGUGUAUUGCGACUUUUCCUCCAAAACUUUGGCGUCUUCAAAAAAUAUGCACACUUUAAGUUUUAAAAAUAAAGCAAUUAAACAAAUUGCUUUUUUGGAAUCAAAAACAUUUAACGAUCAGUCAGAGCGUAUAUGGCUCUCACUUCUUAGACUUUCUCUGGAUCCCGUAAAAAAAAUCGGUGAAAUGGCUCAGGUACUUAUUGAACAUGUCGAUAAAUUAGCUACAACGAAACAUGAAAAAAGAAAAAUGAGCUGUCUUGAGCGAACAUCGUCGAUCAAUAAAUUAGGAAUUCAUGUAUUUCAGCAGUCUGAAUCAUCAGUAGAACCAGUAACGUUCACUAUCGGUUCUCCGCCAUCAGAGUUAGCGGUGGCACCAUCAUUUUCAGAAGGUCGCAUUCGUAUGAAUUCAGACGAUUCAUCAUCAGCUUUAGAUCUUCGAAAUAUGACAAAACUAGAUGAAAGUUCUCUAAUGGAUAAGCAACCAGUAGUUCCUCUAGUAUCAACUGAAUUCGUGCCAUGGUGUACGAGGCGAUUCACUGAACCUAUUUUAGAUGUAAUACAAGGAGAAGCUGGCGAUGGCCUAACUGAUCGACUGGCAACUCAUUCUAUGCCCAGCGAUUGGGCGUUACAUAGAGAUGAAGGUUUAAAACAGACGUCAAGAAAACAAAGUCUGGCCCUUAAAAAAGAGAGAAUAUUAUUUGAUGCACAUCCACCGACUAUCAGAACAACCGGGGCUUGCAGUUGUUUAGCUUGGAGUCAGCUUAGGCCCCAUUUAUAUUCAUGCAGUAAGGAAAAGGUUACGAUUUGGCAUUGUGAACCACAACGAAUAUAUGAUGUGAGAAAGUUUGUAUAUCAUGACGAUCACCCUUACACUGAUGAACUUGUGACUGAUUUAUUCGUCAUCAAUGAAAUGACGCGUGAAUUAUUGAUGACAUGCAGCGAUGAUGGAUUAAUGAGAAUUUGGGAUCCGGGUUAUUCCAUUUACUCAUAUGAGUUCGAUGCAAAGCAGCAAAUGAUAACAGCUGCUUAUCUUUUAAAAGAUACAUCAGUUAACAUUACAAUGAAUAAAUCUCUUGCAUCUGUUUAUAGUUGGAGUCAAAAACGUGGUCUAAUAGCAGUUUCUGGUAAUGUGAAAGUAUGUCGUUUGUGGGAUGUUCAUGCAGAAAAAGGCAUGCAAGAUAUUCAAAUUGGAAUGAAGAAUUGUGCUGUCACAAAACUGAGUUUGGAGAGCUCAGAAAGCAAGCUUCUUGCAGCUGGUCUUAGCGAUGGACUAGUAAAUAUUUAUGAUCUGCGAUUACCUGAUAAAUCACGACGUACGAUAUCAUUUAGAGAGCUGCAAGAACCAGUAAUUGGACUGUCAUUUUUCUAUAAUCUACAAAAUAACUCUUCAGAAGGAAACUUGAGACUAAUUGCUGGUUCAAGGGAUGGUGAAAUACGCUUGUGGGAACCAAGAAUGUUUAAGGAGCCAGUGUUGGGUUUCAACGUUUGCAGUUCAUCUAAAAAAAACAGUCUAACAAGUAUGGAAAUCCACACUUAUGGACAGAUCAUUGGUUGUAUCGAUGAUGCUGCUGUCGUGAAGUUAUUCGAUGUUAGUGGUAAGAAACUGAAUGAGUUUCGUCAAGAUGAUUGGGUGAUUAGUGGUCGAAUCGGAACUUUGUCAUCCAUGCGCUUUCAUCAGUUGCUUGUAUCAUUUGCAGUCGCAACUCAGGGUGGUGCAAUUACUUUCUAUCGAAUGCCAGAUUUGUCGUAA